CAGGUGGAGCCAUCGAAGCCCUCACCCACAGGCUGACAGAGGCACCGUUCACCAGAGGGCUCAACACCAGGAUCUAUGUUUAAGUUUUAACUCUCGCCUCCAAAGACCACGAUAAUUCCUUCCCCAAAGCCCAGCAGCCCCCCAGCCCCACGCAGCCCCAGCCUGCCUCCCAGCGCCCAGCCGCCCGCCAUGCCCUCCAGCGGCCCCGGGGACACCAGCAGCUCUGCUGCAGAGCGGGAGGAGGACCGAAAGGACGGAGAGGAGCAGGAGGAGCCGCGUGGCAAGGAGGAGCGCCAAGAGCCCAGCACCACGGCACGGAAGGUGGGGAGGCCUGGGAGGAAGCGCAAGCACCCCCCGGUGGAAAGCAGUGACACGCCAAAGGACCCUGCGGUGACCUCCAAGUCCCCAUCCAUGGCCCAGGACUCAGGCUCCUCAGAGCUGUUACCCAAUGGGGACUUGGAGAAGCGGAGUGAGCCCCAGCCAGAGGAGGGGAGCCCUGCUGGGGGGCAGAAGGGCGGGACCCCAGCAGAGGGAGAGGGUGCAGCUGAGACCCCGCCUGAAGCCUCAAGAGCAGUGGAAAAUGGCUGCUGCACCCCCAAGGAGGGCCGAGGAGCACCUGCAGAAGCGGGCAAAGAACAGAAGGAGACCAACAUCGAAUCCAUGAAAAUGGAGGGCUCCCGGGGCCGGCUGCGGGGUGGCUUGGGCUGGGAGUCCAGCCUCCGUCAGCGGCCCAUGCCGAGGCACACCUUCCAGGCGGGGGACCCCUACUACAUCAGCAAGCGCAAGCGGGACGAGUGGCUGGCACGCUGGAAAAGGGAGGCUGAGAAGAAAGCCAAGGUCAUUGCAGGAAUGAAUGCUGUGGAAGAAAACCAGGGGCCCGGGGAGUCUCAGAAGGUGGAGGAGGCCAGCCCUCCUGCUGUGCAGCAGCCCACUGACCCCGCAUCCCCCACUGUGGCUACCACACCUGAGCCUGUGGGGGCCGAUGCUGGGGACAAGAAUGCCACCAAAGCAGGCGAUGAUGAGCCAGAGUACGAGGACGGCCGGGGCUUUGGCAUUGGGGAGCUGGUGUGGGGGAAACUGCGGGGCUUCUCCUGGUGGCCAGGCCGCAUUGUGUCUUGGUGGAUGACGGGCCGGAGCCGAGCAGCUGAAGGCACCCGCUGGGUCAUGUGGUUCGGAGACGGCAAAUUCUCAGUGGUGUGUGUUGAGAAGCUGAUGCCGCUGAGCUCGUUUUGCAGUGCGUUCCACCAGGCCACGUACAACAAGCAGCCCAUGUACCGCAAAGCCAUCUACGAGGUCCUGCAGGUGGCCAGCAGCCGUGCAGGGAAGCUGUUCCCGGUGUGCCAUGACAGCGACGAGAGUGACACUGCCAAGGCCGUGGAGGUGCAGAACAAACCCAUGAUUGAAUGGGCGCUGGGGGGCUUCCAGCCCUCUGGCCCCAAGGGCCUGGAGCCACCAGAAGAAGAGAAGAAUCCCUACAAAGAAGUGUACACAGACAUGUGGGUGGAACCUGAGGCAGCUGCCUAUGCACCACCUCCACCAGCCAAAAAGCCCCGGAAGAGCACAACGGAGAAACCCAAGGUCAAGGAGAUUAUUGAUGAGCGCACAAGAGAGCGGCUGGUGUAUGAGGUGCGGCAGAAGUGCCGGAACAUUGAGGACAUCUGCAUCUCCUGUGGGAGCCUCAACGUCACCCUGGAACACCCCCUCUUCGUUGGAGGAAUGUGCCAAAACUGCAAGAACUGCUUUCUGGAGUGUGCGUAUCAGUACGACGACGACGGCUACCAGUCCUACUGCACCAUCUGCUGCGGGGGCCGCGAGGUGCUCAUGUGCGGAAACAACAACUGCUGCAGGUGCUUUUGCGUGGAGUGUGUAGACCUCUUGGUGGGGCCGGGGGCUGCCCAGGCGGCCAUUAAGGAAGACCCCUGGAACUGCUACAUGUGCGGGCACAAGGGUACCUAUGGGCUGCUGCGGCGGCGAGAGGACUGGCCCUCCCGGCUCCAGAUGUUCUUCGCUAAUAACCACGACCAGGAAUUUGACCCUCCAAAGGUUUACCCACCUGUCCCAGCUGAGAAGAGGAAGCCCAUCCGGGUGCUGUCUCUCUUUGAUGGAAUUGCUACAGGGCUCCUGGUGCUGAAGGACUUGGGCAUUCAGGUGGACCGCUACAUUGCCUCGGAGGUGUGUGAGGACUCCAUCACGGUGGGCAUGGUGCGGCACCAGGGGAAGAUCAUGUACGUCGGGGACGUCCGCAGCGUCACACAGAAGCAUAUCCAGGAGUGGGGCCCAUUCGAUCUGGUGAUUGGGGGCAGUCCCUGCAAUGACCUCUCCAUCGUCAACCCUGCUCGCAAGGGCCUUUACGAGGGCACUGGCCGGCUCUUCUUUGAGUUCUACCGCCUCCUGCAUGAUGCGCGGCCCAAGGAGGGAGAUGAUCGCCCCUUCUUCUGGCUCUUUGAGAAUGUGGUGGCCAUGGGCGUUAGUGACAAGAGGGACAUCUCACGAUUUCUCGAGUCCAACCCUGUGAUGAUUGAUGCCAAAGAAGUGUCAGCUGCACACAGGGCCCGCUACUUCUGGGGUAACCUUCCCGGUAUGAACAGGCCGUUGGCAUCCACUGUGAAUGAUAAGCUGGAGCUGCAGGAGUGUCUGGAGCAUGGCAGGAUAGCCAAGUUCAGCAAAGUGAGGACCAUUACUACGAGGUCAAACUCCAUAAAGCAGGGCAAAGACCAGCAUUUCCCCGUCUUCAUGAAUGAGAAAGAGGACAUCUUAUGGUGCACUGAAAUGGAAAGGGUAUUUGGUUUCCCUGUCCACUAUACUGACGUCUCCAACAUGAGCCGCUUGGCGAGGCAGAGACUGCUGGGCCGGUCGUGGAGCGUGCCAGUCAUCCGCCACCUCUUCGCUCCGCUGAAGGAGUAUUUUGCGUGUGUGUAAGGGACAUGGGGGCAAACUGAGGUAGCGACACAAAGUUAAACAAACAAACAAAAAAACACAAAACAUAAUAAAACACCGAGAACGUGAGGAUGGAGAGAAGUAUCAGCACCCAGAAGAGAAAAAGGAAUUUAAAACAAAAACCACAGAGGCGGAAGUACCGGAGGGCUUUGCCUUGCGAAAAGGGUUGGACAUCAUCUCCUGAUUUUUCAAUGUUAUUCUUCAGUCCUAUUUAAAAACAAAACCAAGCUCCCUCCCCUUCCUCCCCCUCCCCUUUUUUUUUCGAUCAGACCUUUUGUUUUCUACUCUUUUCAGAGGGAUUUUCUGUUUGUUUGGGUUUUGUUUCUUGCUGUGACUGAAACAAGAAGGUUAUUGCAGCAAAAAUCAGUAACGAAAAAUAGUAACAAUACCUUGCAGAGGAAAGGUGGGAGAGAGGAAAAAAGGAAAUUCUAUAGAAAUCUAUAUAUUGGGGUUUGUUUUUGUUUUUUUUUUUGUUUUGUUUUUUUGUUUUGUUUUUUUUUUUUGUUUUUUUUUUUUACUAUAUAUCUUUUUUUUUGUUGUCUCUAGCCUGAUCAGAUAGGAGCACAAGCAGGGGACGGAAAGAGAGAGACACUCAGGCGGCAGCAUUCCCUCCCAGCCACUGAGCUGUCGUGCCAGCACCAUUCCUGGUCACGCAAAACAGAACCCAGUUAGCAGCAGGGAGAUGAGAACACCACACAAGACACUUUUCUAUAGUAUUUCAGGUGCCUACCACACAGGAAACCUUGAAGAAAAUCAGUUUCUAGAAGCCGCUGUUACCUCUUGUUUACAGUUUAUAUAUAUAUGAUAGAUAUGAGAUAUAUAUAUAAAAGGUACUGUUAACUACUGUACAACCUGACUUCAUAAUGGUGCUUUCAAACAGCGAGAUGAGUAAAAACAUCAGCUUCCACGUUGCCUUCUGCGCAAAGGGUUUCACCAAGGAUGGAGAAAGGGAGACAGCUUGCAGAUGGCGCGUUCUCACAGUGGGCUCUUCCCCUUGGUUUGUAACGGAGUGAAGGAGGAGAACUUGGGAGCCAGGUUCUCCCUGCCAAAAAGGGGGCUAGAUGAGGUGGUCGGGCCCGUGGACAGCUGAGAGUGGGAUUCAUCCAGACUCAUGCAAUAACCUUUCGAUUUUUUUCUAAAAGGAGACUCCCUCGGCAAGAUGGCAGGGUACGGAGUCUUCAGGCCCAAUUUCUCACUUUAGCCGAUUUGAGGGCUCCUUGUGGUGGGAUCAGAACUAAUCCAGAGUGUGGGAAAGUGACAGUCAAAACCCCACCUGGAGCAAAUAAAAAAACAUACAAAACGUA